UUAAGACCAUAUGGCUAAAUUUGUGUUGCUCCAGGGAGAGAAAGAGGAGGAGGCCCCAAAAUAUUGUGGGCGUGGUCGUCCACCAAAACGAGUUGAACAUGCACAUGAACCACCUACUCUCGCAAAGAUGCAAAAGACCGGAGAGAGUUGUUUUGGAGCAGGGAAUGCUGGAGCAUCUUCUAAACCUCAAGAAGAAGAAAUGAAUUGUGAAAAUAUGAAUGAAGAAGAUCUAAAUGGCAUCCAAGUUGACUCUAAUGUUGAGAGCAGGGAAGAAUAUGAAAAUGCGGUUUAUCAUAGGAGUUCUGAUUGGCCCUUGGACCCACAUCUCAAAAAAUUCAAAGAUCCAUCUGAUCUUAGUGGUACAAAUUCAAAGGAAAUUCUUGUGAGGAAGAGAGCCAAUGGUGAAGUUGUCAUAAGUGUUCAGAGGCUAACAGGACUCUUUGUGUGUUAUGUUCUUGUCUUCAAGAAUCUGAGUCUCAUCUUUUUGGUUUGCAUGGGUGUUUGA